UAAAACCCCCCCGUGUGUUGAAAGCCAGGGUCAGAAAGCAAAAGGAAAUCUCGCAGACUCUCUUUGGACUUAAACACUAAAUAUUAAACAGCCUGUAAAGCACUGCGUCUGAAGUUUCUGCAAAAUGUGUAAAGGUUUAGCUGCCCUGCCCCAGACCUGCCUUGUAAGGGCAAAAGAGAUCAAGUCAAAAUUGGGAGUUUUGCUGCAAAAGCCGGAAAAUGCCAUUGACCUCAUCAUUCCCUAUCCGGAGAAAACUGAGAAGAAGCCGGAGAAGCUGCAGAAGCCUUCAAGUGAGGAAGCUGCUCAGUGGCGUGAGAGUCUUGACCAAGUCUUGAACAACAACUAUGGUCUUGCAGCUUUCCGUAGCUUCCUGCAGUCUGAGUUCAGUGAUGAGAAUAUUGAGUUCUGGAUGGCCUGUGAGGAUUUCAAGAAGACCAAGGACCCGCUGAAAAUGGCGGCCAAGGCCAAAAUGAUCUAUGAAGACUACAUCCAGUCUGAGGGACCCAAAGAGGUAAACAUUGACCACUUCACCAAGGAUGUGACUUUGAGGAAUUUGGUGGACCUCUCACCUCAAACCUUUGACCUGGCCCAAAAGAGGAUCUACUCCCUGAUGGAAAAAGACUCCUUUGGUCGCUUCCUGAGAUCUGAGCAGUACCAGGAACUCCUCGUCAACUAAACCUGAACAGGAGACUGAGCAGCUGGGUUGGGAGGUGAAGUAUUUCUAAAAAUAGGAUUCAUUAAUACAGUGAAACCUCGGUUAGCAUCAAUCAUUUCCAGCAGGUCCGACUGAAACCAAAAUGUACUCUAAACCAAAUACAUUAUUGUUAAGAAAUAAUGGUAAUCCACUUAAUCUGUUCCAGACACCCGAUAAUAUUAACACAAAAAUAGUUUUAAAAUUAUAGUUUUACAUGCUGAUAACGAUAUAAAUGAACAUUUAACAUCACUUUUUACCUUGAUUGAUUCAAUAGUGUUUCUAAUCUUAAUCGUCACCCUAAUCAUGGUGACACUUUUUUUUGGCUCCAUUGAGGUUAUUUUGCAGCUUUGAUCAAAAGAAAAGCAGAGACUUGUGGUGUAACUGUGUUAGUUUGCAAAUAAUUACAGAAUCAACUGCUGAUGACAUCAUAGACGGGGCGACGGCGCAAUGACUUUCAGUCCCAGUUCUCUCCAGUUCUCUUUUGUUAGCAUGCUAAUAGGUCGCUAACAAGUAUGUUUUGUGAUAAACGUACGUUACAAACACAGUUGGACUCACUCUGUUUUAAUAACACCACAAGACAGGCGGCAUAUUGUAAGCUAACUAGAAAAUGCAUGCCAAUUGAGGCAAAAUUUCGGCGGAAAUUUGCAACGUCAAACAAAAAAAACACGCUAACCGAGGUUUCACUGUAAUUAAAAAACAAAAGUCAAGAAUGAAUGCAACUGCUACAGCUGAAAUAGCUUCAUUUCAUGUCAUAUCAAUACAACAGGCUUAAAGUAUCAAAAUUCAUAUUUUCCAAAUUGUAAGGAAGAUACUAUACAGACACUGCCGUACUUACAAACUAGUUUGUUCCAGAAGGCUGUUGGCAUCUUAGCACUGCUACGAUCAUUCUUGCCAUUAGCCAUGAUGGAUGGGCUAAAUUUAUCACACUAAACAAAACCUCAUACUACGCUGAAGGCAGCACUAUUUUAACUGCCAGUGCAGUAUGUUUGUAAGUAGUGGAGCGUCUACAUUGGAAGUAGGCCAUCCACCUCUCAAGUUAAAAAACAGACAUGAAUCCCAAUCUUAUUUUUUUUUUAAAAGAGAGUUGCUGGGAAUGAAUUUGAAACAUCACCAAAUUUUGUUCCCUGUGGUACGAAACGACUUUGACACACAACUAAUUUAGACGAAGCUGAUGUCAGUCAACUUUCAUGUAGAAGAGAUGAACGGGUUAGCUUACUAAAUCUGCUUUUACUCGAGAGCACCCAAAGGAGGAAGAAUCCUUUCACUUGACCAAAGUUCAUGUUCAUGAUAGCGAGACACUGAGGCAAAACCACAUGAACUCCAUUUUGCAAUUUAUUAUAAAAAAAAGGAAAAGGAAAGAUAACCAAAUUACACGCCAAGAGACUUAAAUUCAUUUACUUGCUUCAGAAAACAUAUAUAUAUAUACAGUAUAUAUAUAUAUAUAUAUAUAUAUAUAUAUAUAUAUAUAUAUAUAAACGUUUAUAUUUUACAUGUAUUGUAUCAUAGUUAUUUACGAACAUACACUAUUUGGACAAAAGUCUUGGGACAAAUCUUCUGCUCAAAUAAGUCAACAUUUAGACUCCUCCCAACUGAAUCUUAAUUAUUUAUCUGGACACUUUAGACUAUUUCUGCAGAAGGCCGCAUACAGAAAAAAAAUGUAUGUUCAUCAAUUUUAUUUUUUACAAUAUGCCAAGGACUGUUUUAACCGAGUCUAUGAUUCUUUGGGGGGAAGUCCCAAUACUUUUGUCCUUAAAAGUCUUAAACUUGUCCUUGUUGACCAAAGUUAAUAUAUCUGUGUAAACCAGGGGCAUCCAAUUUUGUUCCACUGAGGGUCGCAUCCUGUAAAAUCUAAUUCGGGGACCAUUUGUAAUUUAGUAAACAGGCUAAAACCAAACCAUGUAGAUAAGCUAAGACGAUGCAUGUAUUGAAAGAAAAAAAACAGCCUGCAUGUCAGCUGUGUGUUACAGGGGUCAAAGUGUAUUAUUAUUAGUGUUAGUAUGAACAUUUCAACUUUUUCUCGUAUUACAAAUGGCCCCCGAUUGCACUUUGGACACCCCUGGUGGAAAGUAAAAAAAAAUCAUGCUGUGUGUUGUUGUAGUUGUUUUUCCCGCAUGUAUUGACAUGUUAAAAAAAUAAAAUGUGUCACUGCAGGUUACAAUGUAUCAUACGAACAGUGGAAAGUAUAAUGCUCACUUUCUCAUCUCUCACAACAACGCACCAAUUUAGGGACUCUCACCAACUUUCUAUUUGGGCUCCGAGGAGAGGCAUCCUUUUAGAGCAAUGACGGCUAGUUGGCUCAGUGGUCACGCUCCUCGGCCACUAAACUGCAAGUUGCUAAGAUGGGAGAUCACGUGAGGGUGACUCACAGAAUAGAAAAUGUGGAGCGAUAUGUUUUUUUUUAAGUCUACACAAAGCUAUGAGAAAACCUGGCGCAGUGCUUUUCCAGGUGUUUUUAUUUAUGUGAAUGAAAGCUGAACCGCCCUGACUAAACACGACUGCAAGCAUGAAAAAUUGGGUAUUUCUGUUUUGCAAGUAUCAUUAACUAGUAGUUAAUCAAUCAUAAUUUCACUGAUAUAUCCAGUGCAUUUAACAUUAUUGAGUAAUUCAGCAACUUACUCUAUAUAUUCUAGUGCACAUGCAAGUGAGCAUUGAUGGAAACGAUGGGGGAGUUUGCAUGCAAUGUGACUUCAAGUGUGAUGGUAUGUACUUUGUUUUAUUUUAUAAAAGCUUGUAUGUCAUAAUCAACACAACAAUACAGUAUUAUAAUCUGCAUAUUCAGCACUUAGUCAUUUGUGCAGAGAGGAUUGCGCUUUGUGGCAUAGAUUGGCCAGUCUGUUGCCAUAAAUAAGGAAAGAAAAACAAUUAGAGCUUGAGUGCUGAAUAUUUCACACAAUCUUGCAUGUACUGUAUGUCUUGCCUUGACCACAUAAAAAUAUACCCGCUACAUAUUCCUCUGA